UGAGUGUCAGCACCACAUAGGGAAGAAUAUUAUCAGUGAAAGAAUUCUGGGGUUUCAAACGUUCUCUUACACAACAGGAGUGAAUCACAGCGGAGAUGAUGUCAGCCCUUCUGUUCUACUUCAUUGUAUGUUUAGCAGGUGGAGCUCAGUUAGACACAAACAAGAUUCAAGAAACAACAGCAACAUAUCACAUACCAUCACAACAGAAAUCACAUUCAGUCCAGUCUUUUCAGAUUCAUAUUCAGACAAGACCUACUAUCUUAUGAAGAAGACAAACAAUUGGGCAGAUGCUAAGAGGCACUGUGAGCGACACUACAAAGACCUGGCCAUUAUCUAUAAUCAGGGAGACUGGCAAAAAGCAUUAGCGGCUCUAAAUUCAUUACCAAAUGAAGUGUGGAUUGGACUUCAUAAAGAUCCAAAGUUGAAGUGGUCAAAUGGAGAGGACUUCAUGUACUUUAACUGGGCUGCAGGCUGGGACACAUCAUCUGGACAUGAUUGUGUUUACUCAGUCUCAGGAAAAUGGUGGACAGAAAACUGUUUAGGCCCAUUGGCUGCAUAUAUGUGUCAGAAAGUGACAAACAUGGUUGGGAUAAUGAGAAAGACAUACACACCUAACAAAGUGACUGAAACAUGGGACAGUGCUCAAAAAGCCUGUAAUGAACAGAAUGGUGAACUAGCAAGUGUCACCAAUAAACAAGAUCAAGAAGAGUUUGAUAAAAUUGCUCCAAAUAACACAAACAUCUGGAUUGGACUGAAGAGAGAUAAUGAUGUGUGGAAGUGGUCCAGUGAGGAACCAUUUCAGAACUGGGCUACUAAUGAUUUCUCCUCCAUGAAGAACUGCACUAAACUGUCUGGAGAUAAAAAAUUGACUCCUGAAGAUUUUUCAAAAAAAAAAAAUGGUUCCUCUGCUACACAGCGACUCCAGCCCUUACUACACAGUCCACCAGUUCCAGCAAGACCACCAAAGUGACACAGCCCACCAGUUCAGCCUCCAGUGGAACUACUCUCUCUAACAUACCUUCAUGUGAGUCAGCGCUGAAGUGCUGAAAGAAGAGUCUUUUUGCAUUAUUUUAUAGUUCAAUUUGUGGUCUGAAUAUGAUGUGAUUCAGUAAUAAUUUGUACUUUUCCAUCAGAUAUUUUUGAUUGUUUUUUGGAAAUCAUGUUUCAAAACAAGCCAAUCUAGGUUUAUUUUACUUAUUUAAUUUAACACUUCUAGUG